AGUGAGUCUCUGAGGGUGACAGUAACCUGACAUUUGCAGUAGUGUUGCAGCUGGUGCUCGUUCCGUGUGUGUCUCUCUCUGUGUUACGGGUUAAGACAUGGCAAUUUAGUUUUACAUCCUGUAGGGAGCACAGUGAGCUGGCCGGUGUAGGCCUACCCUCACCAUGCCGGGGCCUCUCACGCCCACGCCCACCACAUCCCACCCGCAGCGCCAUGAAGUGGGCGCCCACCCCGCCGUGUAGACACACGCCCACGCCCACGCCCGCACGGCCGGCGCGCGGCGUUGGUUAGGUCGCGCUGUCAUUAGUAAAUAGUGAACCGUGUGUGUGUGUUGUGUUGGAGUACUGGAACACACUGACCUCAAGCAGCGUGACGGAGCCUAGGUGUGGCGGAACCUAGGGUGUGACGGAGCCUAGGGUGUGACGGAGCAUAGGUGUGACUGAUUCCAAGCACUCUCCUGAGUGUCAGAGGUCCCCGACUCUUCAACACUCUCCAUCCGGGGAUAAGAGGAAUUACCAGCGAGCCUCUGGUUGUCUUCAAGAAGAUACCUGAGGGAUAUCUGAAGGACGUAUUCGGGGGUCAUCGCCCCCUCAGCCUAGGUUUGACGGGCCCUAGGGUGUGACGGGGCCUAGGGUGUGACGGAGUGGCCCAGUCAGGGUGUGAGGGUGACCCCUGGGGGUGGAGGGCGUGAUGAGGGCCACAACCCUGGGGGAGGGGCCAGUGGUCACCUAGAGAUGCAGCAAGCGGGUGAUGGUGGGGAGCCGGAGAGCCCUGACGGGGGUAUGCUGCAGCUGGAGCAGCUGGAGCGACUCAUCAAGAGCCUGGAGUCGCGCAGGGCAGCCAGCUGCGACCUCAGCGACGGCUCACCCACGCCCGCCUCCCCUCGCGCCCUCACGCCCAACUCUGUCCCCGCCCGCAACACCAACUUCUGGCGGGAGGUGUCCCCCCAGCUGUCCUACAUCGACGGCGGCAGCUCCGGUAGUACCUCCUACGGACGCAGCGUCUCCUGGAACCUAGCGGAGCUGUCGUCGAGCGAGCCGUCGGCUCGUCCAGCGUAUCCGGACCACCGAGCCUCCACUGACUCCCUGAAGCCGGCCCUUUCACAGGACCAGACGCCAGCCCUCCCCGCCCUCUCCCCCAUCACCAAGUUUGCCUCAGACACCUUGUGUUCUCCCUCUCACCCUGCCGUCGCCCACUCCGUCGUGCAGGUCGAAAAAGGAGACAUAAAGACCAAGAUACAGAAGAGAUUGAGCUUCGGCGACACACUCGACCUGCACACUAAUAUCUACACUCCAGCGGAUGAGUGUCGCGGGGGAGUGACGGGGAACUUGGAAGCAGCGGGAGGCACGGCCAACGGUUCCAACACCUCCCUGGAGCGUCGCUGGCUGGAGGAGGAGGCCGGGGGCGGCCCGCCACUCGUUAGACGAAAGUCAUUAGACACGCAGAGCCAGUACUCGUACUACAUGGACAAGGACCUCAGGUACUACUUCCAACAUCCGUGGCUCAGACUCAUCAUCGCUUACCUCGUUAUAUUCUGCAACUUCCUCCUCUUCGCUGAGGACCCAGUCUCCCACUCUCACGCAGAAUCGAACAUCCCGGUGGUUGGCAAUGUCUUUAGCUUCGUGUCGACCAAGUAUCCAGAUGAGUGGUUCUGGAGGAUGAUUAAGGUGGUGAUGUGGUUGAUCGCUAUCCUCUGCGGGAUGCUGGUGGGAAAAGUGCUCAUCCACGGCCUCAUCUUCAAGAGGAUGCUGCGACUCAAGAUGUUCAGGGAUGAGCAGGGGUCGUGGAUGACAAUGGCACUAACAGUGAUAGUGUCACUGUACAUGUUCUCAUACGUGUACAACCUGAUCCUUCUCAUCGGACACGGUGAACCUUGCAGGUGGCAGAUCGGCUCUGACAUGAACGUUACUAAUGAAAGCAUGAUGAAGGCUGCAGCUACCUGCACGUGGCUGGGUGACCUGGUGACAGCACUGAUGGUGACUGACAUGAUGCUUCAAGACAACCUCUACCCGCACUGGGCCACUGGCUUUCGUCGCCUCUACCGUUUAUCCAACGUGCCCCGAAUCCUCAUCUUCUGGUGUGGCUCCAUCGUCGUGGCUGUCAUAGUCAUCUUCCUCAUCGUUUCCGACUACAUCUCCUGGGACAAGCUCAACAAGGGCUUCGUCGAGACAACAGAGGUGUCUCGGGCGUUCCUGGCAUCAUUCAUCCUGGUGAUGGACCUGUUGAUUGUGAUGCAGGACUGGGACUUCCCUCACUUCACCUCCACCAUUGACGUCAAUUUGCCUGGGUUCUCCACCCACAUACUCCACUGGAAGUACGCCAAGACCUCCAUCACGGGCAAAUGGUUCAAUUACGGCAUCAUCUUCUUCGUCAUGAUCCUCGAUCUUAAUAUGUGGAAGAACCAGAUUUUCUAUAGCCCGGCUCCCUACGGCCAAUACAUAGAUCCCGUCAGCAGGCAUGUAUACUCUGUGGAGGACCCUGUGUUUGUGAAUGAAGGCAACGAAACCCUGUGGACCUGGGAAGCACGCUCUGAAAUCAACAAUGAGACAGGACUCCCUUAUAGAGAACAGGACAUGUUCAUGUACUCACGCUUUAUGGAGUACAGUGUAGCGGUCAAGUGCACGGCACUCAUCCCCAAUAUCCUGGGCUUCAUCAUGCUCUUCACUCUUGUCUCACUCUACGGCCGCUUCCCUCCUAACCAGGAUGGGACGUACGGGGGUAGACUGAAGAAGAAGCGUCGGUCGUCGUGGCGCCGGGAGAGGUGGUCAGCGACGGAGCAUUACUAUCGCGACUUGUCGUCUGAGACUCAGAACAGCGACAAGCGCACCUUAAGGAUCAAGAGGGCUCUCAAAAUAGCCAAGACCACCAAUUUAUAACCCCGGCCGUCUGGGUCUCGCACCCUCAGCUAGUGUCUUGUUCCAGCAUGAACCACGUACAUAGGUUAUGUUUUAUUUCAGCUAUUAUUGUUUUCCUUUUCAGUUAUGCAUAUACAUAAUACACAAAUAUUUCUUUACGAAUCAUAUGAAGUCAACGAAUUUAACCAAAGCAGUAGUGUAUCUUGUGAUAUACUUGAAAUUCUUUCAUUUCUUAAGACAAACACAACACUAUCUUGGACUGGCGAUAAAAUUCAAUAUUCUCUUACUGUCAAACCUAAUUUAGUAUCAGUUAACACCUUUCUGUAUCUAAUUCUCACUAUAUUUAUGUAUCUGAUACUGUUCUCACUGUCUUCCUCUGUGUUAGAGAGACGAGACACCAAGAAGCUGUUACUGAACUGCAAAUGCCUCCCUUGUAUGUAUAAACCAAAGUAUAUAUAUAUAUAAUAUAUAUUUUCUUUAGACUUUUCAUAUGAUCACAAAGCUUGUUUUUGAAGAAGUGACUAAAGAAGCGGUAUCUAGCGUAUUUAUGAAGGACUUCUGUGUCGUAGGUGUAUUUGUGUAGCAUCCAGCAAAACCUUCCAACUUUGGUAGCUAUUUUGAAAUAUCAAAUGAAGCAUUCUGAUUCUUUAAAAAAUACUGUAGUAGGAUAUUUUGAGUUGUCAGUGAAGUCCUAUUUAUUGUUUAAGGACAAUACGGUAAUUUGUACCAUUUUUAGGUAAUGUGGUUUGUACUGUAUAAAAUUGCUUCCUUGAACAUAAUAU